UCGCUCUCGCUCUCGCUCUCUAGUUCAGUCUCCAGUUUCUCACUUCGUGUGCUCACGCCAAGGUUAUCGAAAAAAUGUCUGUACGAGUUCUGAAUCCUAAUGCCGAGGUUCUCAACAAAUCGGCGGCGCUUCAUAUGACAAUCAACGCCGCCAAGGGUUUGCAGGAUGUGCUCAAGUCGAAUCUCGGUCCUAAAGGAACAAUCAAGAUGCUUGUUGGUGGUUCGGGGGAUAUUAAGCUCACCAAGGAUGGGAACACGCUUUUGAAGGAAAUGCAAAUUCAGAAUCCAACAGCCAUUAUGAUUGCGAGGACAGCCGUGGCACAAGAUGACAUAAGUGGUGAUGGUACUACUUCCACUGUCAUCUUCAUUGGCGAACUUAUGAAACAGUCUGAUCGCUGCAUCGAUGAAGGUAUGCAUCCACGUGUCCUAGUUGAUGGUUUCGAGAUUGCUAAAAAAGCUACUCUUCAAUUUCUUGAGAACUUCAAGACCCCUGUUGUUAUGGGUGAUGAAGUUGAUAAAGAGAUGCUGAAAAUGGUUGCCAGAACAACACUAAGAACUAAGUUGUACGAAGGUUUGGCUGAUCAACUGACUGACAUUGUCGUUAAUUCAGUUCUCUGCAUUCGAAAGCCUGAGGAAGCUAUUGAUCUGUUUAUGGUGGAAAUAAUGCACAUGCGUCACAAAUUCGAUGUUGACACACGAUUGGUUGAGGGGCUUGUUCUGGAUCAUGGUUCAAGACACCCUGACAUGAAACGACGCGCAGAAAAUUGCCACAUCCUAACUUGUAAUGUAUCAUUGGAGUAUGAGAAGAGUGAAAUUAAUGCAGGAUUUUUCUACUCUAAUGCGGAGCAGAGGGAAGCCAUGGUUACCGCAGAAAGGCGAUCUGUUGAUGAAAGAGUUAAGAAAAUAAUCGAGCUGAAGAACAAGGUGUGUGGUGAUAAUGACAACUUUGUUAUCAUAAAUCAAAAGGGUAUUGACCCACCAUCACUGGAUCUUCUUGCUAGAGAAGGGAUUAUUGCUCUUAGGAGAGCAAAGAGGAGGAAUAUGGAACGCUUAGUUUUGGCCUGUGGUGGAGAAGCUGUGAAUUCUGUUGACGACUUGACCCCUGAGUCUCUUGGAUGGGCUGGACUUGUCUAUGAGCACGUUCUUGGGGAGGAAAAGUACACCUUUGUGGAGCAAGUGAAGAAUCCUAAUUCAUGUACUAUCCUCAUAAAAGGGCCUAAUGAUCACACUAUUGCCCAAAUUAAGGAUGCUGUUCGUGAUGGUCUAAGAUCAGUCAAGAACACCAUAGAAGAUGAGUGUGUUGUGUUAGGAGCAGGAGCUUUUGAAGUUGCUGCAAGGCAACACUUAAUCAAUGAAGUCAAGAAAACUGUUCAAGGGCGUGCCCAACUUGGCGUUGAAGCUUUUGCUAAUGCCCUUCUCGUGGUACCAAAGACACUAGCAGAAAAUGCAGGUCUUGAUACCCAAGAUGUGAUCAUUUCUCUUACGAGUGAGCAUGACAAAGGGAACGUCGUAGGACUGAACCUUCAGGACGGUGAACCAAUUGACCCGCAGCUUGCUGGUAUUUUCGACAAUUACUCAGUGAAACGUCAACUUAUUAAUUCAGGGCCAGUGAUUGCGUCACAAUUGCUUUUGGUGGACGAAGUGAUUCGUGCAGGAAGAAAUAUGAGGAAGCCUACUGCUUGAAGUUCUUUGUUUUUAACUCGCUUUCUUCUUUCUAAGCACCUCAAAUUUUUGUUCCUUGGUUUGAAUCCUGAAUGUUGUGAAUCCUAUGUCUUUUUUACUAUGAGAAUCAUCUUUGAACCUGAUCUCUA